AUGCAUGCAGUCACCUGUGUCGGUGCGGCGACGCGAGGGCGCAAAAAGAAGACCAAGCAGGAGCUGGAGAAGCAGCUCGAUGCCGAUCCCGCCUUCAUCAAAUUUCAGGCGGAGCUGGCGACCGGCGGCAAGAUCCGCGCGUCGAUGGUCCCCAAGCUCCUGAAAACGGUCGACAACCUCCUCUCCAAGGAGUACAAGAUGGCGCUGCUGGAGUCGACGCAGCGACGCGCCAAGGACCCCUCGGCGGUGGUCGAGGCGGUGCGCCAGGAGGCGCUGCGGAAGCUCAUGCACGAGGAGGAUCUCUUCUUCGACGAGGGCGGCCAGCACAACGAGUUCACGAUGAAGGAGCUGCACGAGCGCCUGGACGAGGCGACGCAGGCGCGGGACCCGCACCACCACCCGCAGGAUGAGCAGCCGGGAUGGAGGCUCCCAUUGCCGGGCGAGCGGCCGCCGCGGAGGGAGGACCGAACACGCCUGCCGGGGCCGAUGUACAAUUUGGCACCGACGUAGGGUCCGCGGCGUCGGGGCGUGCAGGGUACCUUAUCGACCCGCCGCGCGCGGGUGCACGCUCUCGUUGGGAAGCGAGCAGUGAAUUAGCAGUGAAGGUAGGUGUGGGGGUGAAUCCGGUAUAGGUGCGCACGUGUGUGCACCUUUUUCAGUGUACUCUCUCCUUCUCUCUCAGUGUACGUACUUUGAGCUUACUGGGAGAAGAGGGAGAGGGGGUAAAAGAAAGAAAA